AUGGUUUAUCCAAUUAACUUUUCUGCUCUGGAUAAGAGCGAACUUGAAUAUGAGGUGGCUAUAAGAAACGAAAUACCCGCCAACACGGUCGCGGAUUUACGGAAGCAGAUUAGACUCUUAGACUCGGGAUCAGUAAUUACUGUUAUAGGGAAUCACGCUCACAAGGUUUUGCUUCAACAUGGCCUUAAAAUUUUAACUGACGAGCCGUUGUUGGUUACUGCGGCAGGCGGACAAACGUUGAAUAGUAUAGGCUAUAUUAAUUUGCCCGUAACAUUCGAGAACUUGCCUUGCGAAGCCUUUGAUCGGGUGUGGCACAAAGCACUUCUCGCGAAGUUGCCUUCCUACGGGCUGCCCGAGAAACUAUGCGCCUGGAUUUCUAGCUUCUUGGAGGGUCGGAGCAUCAAGGUCGUUGUUGACGGUGCGUGCUCUGACCCGAAACCAAUCAACGCUGGUGUCCCACAGGGCUGUACACAAGUGUGCGCCAUUACCGCUAAAAAACAACCCUUUGUCGUAGAUCUUCGUUUUGAGGGCACUCCCCUGGUUGCCUCAGCCAGUAUCGGUAUUCUCGGCGUUGACAUAUCGAGUGACGUUCAGUUUCGCGGUCACUUGGAAGACAAGGCCAAACUGGCCUCCAAAAAGCUGGGUGUGCUCAGUAGGGCGAAGCAGUAUUUCCAGCCGAGCCACCGCCUACAACUGUACAAGGCGCAAGUUCGGCCCCACAUGGAAUACUGCUCGCACCUCUGGGCGGGAGCACCCCAAUACCAGCUUCUUCCAUUUGACCGCAUACAACGGAGAGCGACUCGAAUCGUCAACGACCGAGCUCUUACCGAUCGGCUUGAUACCCUGGCCUUGCGGAGGGACGUCAGUUCCCUCUGCAUCUUUUAUCGUUUGUACCACGGGGAGUGUUCCGAAGAACUGUUUGGAACGAUUCCUGCCGCCGAGUUUCGUCAUCGGACGACCCGACAGACCGCCAGGUACCAUCCAUACCAUCUGGAUGGCUGGCAUUCCACAACAGUGCGGUUCUCGCGAAAUUUCUUGCCGCGCACGGCCGCGUUGUGGAAUGGUCUGUCCUCGGCGGUAUUUCCAAACCACUACGACUUAGGGUCCUUCAAGAAGCGAGCGUAUCACCAUCUCAAAGGCCGGCAACGCAUAUGCGAUUCCUCUGGUAUUGCAGAUGUCCAUGGGCGUCGAUGA